CGAGAUUACAAGACAGAUCACCGAUCAUAUCAACAAGAGCAAAACGGAAAGUGGAAAGUAAAUACAUGCUGCAGACAGGUGUUUAGCGUGUUCAAAUUUUUAAAGCAGCACUGAACAUCAUACGCUUUAGGAAUAAUGUCUCAAAUCAAUAUCAAUGAACCUCGUUGGGAUCAAAACACUUACUGGGGAAGAGCAAAACAUUUCUUUACAACAACUAAUCCUCUCAACUUACUUUGCAGCAACAAGGAUUUAGAGCAGUCAAAAGAAAUUGUUUCAAAAGUCAGGCAAGGAGUGAAAGUAGACUUAUCUGAAAAUGAAAUCUGGCGAGCUAAGCAUAUUUAUGAUUCAGCAUUCCACCCUGAUACUGGGGAAAAGAUGAUUCUUAUCGGACGAAUGUCAGCUCAAGUUCCAAUGAAUAUGACAAUAACAGGUUGCAUGCUGGCAUUUUAUAAGACAACACCUCAAGUUGUGUUUUGGCAGUGGAUAAAUCAGUCCUUCAAUGCAGUUGUUAACUACACUAAUCGAAGUGGGGAUUCUCCCAUUCCUUUGAAGCAGUUGGGAACAUCCUAUGUUUUAGCGACUUCUGGUGCUCUUGUUACAGCACUUGGAUUGAAUAGUUUAGUAAAAAGUGCUCCACCCUUAAUUGGUCGUUUUGUUCCUUUCUGUGCUGUAGCUGCUGCUAAUUGUGUAAACAUUCCCAUGAUGCGUCUUAAAGAACUGCAAGAAGGUAUUCCUGUUGUAGACAAAAAUGGAAAUAAAGUUGGGAACUCUAAAACUGCUGCCAAAUGGGCAAUCACUCAAGUUGUUUUCUCACGAAUAGGAAUGGCAAUGCCUGGAAUGUUAAUUCCUCCUGUUAUUAUGAACAACUUGGAGCGAAAAGGAAUUUUAAAGAAAUACCCUUGGAUAAAUGCUCCUCUUCAGGUGGGCCUUUGUGGGUUAUUUUUGGUGUUUGCUACACCUCUUUGCUGUGCUCUUUUCCCUCAACAGAGCUCUAUAUCCAUUGACGCUUUAGAACCAGAGAUACGGGAAUUAGUUUCAAAAGCUAAGUCUUCUGAAAAAGUUUUGUAUUAUAAUAAAGGACUUUAAGCAAUAACUUGCUUAAAUGAUAAAUUAGUAAAAUAACGCAGCAAUAAAUGUUCUCUUCUUGUCAUUGGUAUGUUACGGUAAUGGAUUUUUUAUGCAGUAUUAAGUUUUAAGUGUUGAAGUGUGUAAAAGUUUGUGUUAUGUUAAUAUUUUUAUUCAUAUUUUUUAUCUCUUUGUUUAUGUUUUAUAAAGAUUUAAAUUAAAAUUUAAUGAAGAUUUUAUUCAUGCACUAUUUUUUAUUGCCAAUUUUGAUUUCUGUGUAACUUCCUGCAAGAUUGAAUUUCUUGUUUACAUUUUUACAUAAACAUAUAUUUUUACAUGUUACUUUGUUUGAGACUUAAAUUAAUUAUUUUUUUACAUUUCUAUUAAGGAACUUCCAUAAAUUUCUAGAUUCAUGUCUAAAUAAAUUAUAUGUGUAAAAAGUGACUUAUCAUGCAAAGAUAAUACAUCCAAAAACUGUGAUAUCUAUUUUAGAGUGAUAGUUUUCAUUUGAAGCAUGUCACAUAUACUAAAACAUUGAUUUUUGUAGUUCCUAAUUUUGUAUUUAAAACUGACUAUAUUUUUCAAUAUAAUUUUUGCCAAAUUUAAUUUUCAUCUGAAGUGUUUUACUUUGUACUGAUAAAGUCUAGAUUUAAAUAAAAUGUAA